UUCGGGCCCUACUAAAAAGGAUUAAUACCUAACUUACCUGCCUACUACUGUACUGUCUGACUGUGGUAUGGAUAUAAACGAUAUAUUGAAUCAAGCCAGAAAAAAUACCAAAGAACAAAAUGUCUCAUUCAAGUACAGUACAGAUGUUCGUCCUGCAAAGAAGUUGCCUCGUUCAAAUGUCAACCCAGAAGCAAUUAAAGCAUUUCUCGAUAAAAAGAAAAAAAAUGAAGUCCAUAAUUUGGUCGAAGCACAGAAGAAGAAAGAGGGACUGCAAAAAUUAAGGGAUGAAUCUAAAACAACAAGGAAAGCAAAUUCUAUGGCAAAACGCACCAAAGAUAAUUUGAAGGUUUACAAAGGCGAGGAUGUAUUGGGUAUUUAUGCAGAACCAAAAAAAAGGAGACGUAGGGGCGGACAUUCGCCGCUGCGGCUUUCACCUGAAGCAGACAGAAAGCAUGGAGCAUUUAUGAAGAGUAUUUCCAAGAUCAAAGUUCCGGGCAUAAAUGAUGAUGAAAGUGAUGAAGAUGAAUACAAGGAACCUGUUCUUGAACAAGAUGAGAGAAAAAUAAGGAAGCUAGAAAAGAAAAAGGCAAAAGCAAGAUCUGCUUCUAACCUUGAAUUUGGUGAUCUUCUGCAACUUGCUGAGAAACAUAAAAAUAAAGUUGACUGUCCUUCGUCUGAUUCAGAAAACAGUGAUAGUGACUCAGGGGAAGAUUCAGAUGGUAGUACAGAUAAGUAUGGACGACCUUUGACUGCUGAAGAAAAAUAUCAAAGAGAGAGAAUGAAAAGAAGAGAACUGGAGGAGAGGCUAAAAUGUGCAAGUGCUCCCAAAGCAACACCGACAAACAUGAAUUCCCAUAAAUCAAAACCUUCUAGUGGUUUUCUUCCGAACUUUAAAAUUGGAAAAUUGAGUUCUGGAAUGUCCGAAGAAAGCAAGCGUGCUAAGGUAAAACUUCUGAUGGAUAAGUUGAAAAAGACUUCUGCGGAAAAGGGGAAUGAUGAUCAGAGUGAAAAUAAAGGAUCGUCCAAGCAAAGAAAGGCACAUUCUGACAAAAAAAUGCACAAAAGUCAUUCAACACCAUCUUUAACACAACUAGACAAACAGAAAGAUAAAAGGGUUAAAGAAGGGAUGCGAAAACCUAAACCAAGUGGAAUCAAUAAUACAAAGACAAAAGAAAGCUCAACAAGAUCUAAAGAUGAAAAGUUAAAAGGUCUUCCUGAUUCUAGAUUAAUGUUGUCUAAAGCAUCGUCAUCGAAAAAUUUGCACAUGAUAAGAAAAGAAAAACAUGUUAGACCAUCAUCCGACAGUGAAGCAAAACAAACACACAUUGAAAAUCACUUUAAACCAAGGAAGAAACAGUUACAAGGUAGCAGUAAUUUAAAGUCAUCAACACAUAAACGAAUAGAGGAAAAAUCCAUAACAAAUCCAUAUAAACACACUGUAGUUAAGCCUUCAACAGCUACUAAGAGAACUGCUGAUACACUGGUUGAUCCAUGGUCAAAAUCGAAUAAAGGUGCUGGUGCAUGUUCAAACACUGUUAAAAAAAUGAAAAUGAAAUCUUCGGAGCAACAUAUUCCAGCAAAAAAAGCAUGCACGCUAAGUGUUACAAGUGAAUCCGUUCGUACAAAUUAUCCCGGAGUUGCUCAAGCUGAUCCAUACAUCCAAGCAUACAGGAAAAAUGGGAAAGUGAUACCUAAGUUAACACCAGAAAUGGUUGCUCGGUGCAAAGCUGCCAUUGCAAGAAAACUACAGCAAGAUGGAAAGGUUCCACAUGGGAGGGGUCACCACCCACUACCAACAAAGCAGAGAUACGGCGUUAUUGCAGAUGAUGACAGUGAUGAAUAUGAUUCUGAAUUAGAUGACUUUAUCGUUGACGAGGAAGACGAACAAGUUGUUGAUGAUGAUGAAGUUGAUGUGUCUUCUCAUAUAAAAGCUAUCUUCGGAUAUGAUAAAUUAAAGUAUGGACGAGAGAGUGAAUGGGAGUUAUCAAGGAUGGAUGCCAGUUAUAAAGAUAUUGAAAAAGAAGAGAAAAGAAGUUUAAGGAUAGCGAGAGAAGAGGAUGCUCGAGAAGCAAAACUUGAAGAGGAAAGGAUGAAAAAAUUAUUGAAAAAAAACAAAAGAUAACACGGAUCUUUUUUUCUGUGCUUUACAUUGACGAUUCGUCAUAAAAUUCAAUCAUAAACCCAUAACUGUAUAAAAAUGUUGAGUAAACGCAAAAAUUGAAUAUAUUUUAUUUGAGUGCAAUUAAAAGCAUUUGCUUGUUGUUUUGAUUGAUAUGAUUGAUCUCUUGGUCGUUACCGAUGCUUAUAAGUUUAAAUGCGAUACUGAUAUUAAACUAUUUUCAGUAUUUUUUCAUGAUUAUCAUUCGAAUGAGACAGCUGUUUUCAUUUUUAUUGUUUUUUUUUAUCAUUAAGACUCAAAUACUCUGGUUCAAAUUUUUUUUCGAGCAUCUUGCAAAAAUGCUAUCUGAAAAACGUUUUUGCCAAUAGCCUGAUAAAAGGGUUUUUAAAAGGGUAUUGAAAACGUAUCUUAUUUGACAUUAGAGAUAUAUCAUAUUAUGAUCAAAAUUAUGAUGGCUACUAAUUAUCAUACUAAAUUUGAGGACUUUGUUAUGUUGGGAAAUUAUGUUUAAUGUCAAUAUCCAUGUUUCGUUUUCUCGCUUCAAUAAUCUAACGAACUAUGACAACGGAAGGUUAACUUUUGUAAAAUGAAACAUUAUUUGGACCUUCUGAAGUAUGCGCACCAAGAUGUCGUACAACCUGAACUCCGGUUGUGUACCAGGUUAGGGUUCAAGUUUGUGACAUCUUGGUGAGCAGGAGUACCAAGUUUUCCUAUUGAAUUGCUUAACUUUUGAUGCCAGUUAGUUAUAUGGUGAUGCUUCUUUAUAUUUGAUCUUAUAAUGUUAAAUUGCUUUUAUUUAUGAAAUGUCUAUUGUUUGUAUUGUCUAUGCUGAAUUAAACUGCUUGUGAUGGAGAGUAUUCAAUUACACUGCAAUUUCAAUA